AUGGAAUCGGCGUUUAGCGGCGUCCUUGCCGUCCGACUGGGACCGAGGGCCGAGGGCCAAGGCCAAGGCCAAGGCCAGGGACGAGGAGGGGGAAUGGGCAAUCGAGGAAUAGUCGGCGGCGGCGGCCUGGGCAUGCCCUCUCGGUUCGGGGGUCUCCUGGGGAGCCCCGGGGGGUUCGGCGCCCUCGCCCACCCCGCGCUGACCCCGGAGUCCCUGCAGGAUCAGGAGAGGAAGCUGUCGCAGAUGAUCACGCAGCUUCAGGUCUUGAGGGAGCAGCUGCUCUCGCAGCAGGAGCUUCAAGUCAAGCUGUCGAAUUCGUGGGCAUUGGGGGUGAGUCUCCCAUCGUCGAUAUCUCCCCGUGAGACAAACCAAGCUCCGAAGAUGAACCAUCACGGUCACGGGUCACACGGGGAGGGGAUGCCGGAGGCCCCGUUGAAUCUGAGUAAACCUAAGGAAGAACCACCAGUGUCCCACGCGUCGGAAUUAUCGAGGGCGUCUUCGAGACCCCAUUCCAUUCCCCCUAUACCGUUUCCCAAGCCCCAUCCGAAUUUCCUUCUCCCCCCUUUUCUCAACCCCUACGAGUCUCUGUCGGCGUUCACGCCUCACCAAGCCGGCAAGCCGAUGGUCCCGACGAGCCCGUUGAGCAACGGUUUUCUCACAAGCUCCCUGAAUAAUCCAUUCCUGUCAGACAGGCCGUUCCACUGGCACAUGCCGUUCACCCCAUCCCCAAUGUCCCCGCCAAAUCCACCCAGGCCACGUCCUGCUUCGUCAGAAGACAACAACUCCAAGAACAAGGAAGACGGUAAAAUCUUUGGAGCCAAAAUCAUUCGUCAGGGGAGACGGGGGGAGCGAGACGGGGAACCCCGUCCACACGUGAAGCGGCCGAUGAACGCGUUCAUGGUGUGGGCCAAAGACGAGAGGCGGAAGAUCCUAAAAGCGUGUCCGGACAUGCACAAUUCCAACAUCUCCAAGAUCCUGGGAGCUCGGUGGAAGGCGAUGAGCAACGCGGAGAAGCAGCCCUAUUACGAGGAACAGAGCCGACUCUCCAAGCUCCACAUGGAGAAACAUCCCGACUACCGAUACCGGCCCAGACCCAAACGGACUUGCAUCGUGGACGGGAAGAAGAUGCGGAUCUCCGAGUACAAGACUCUCUUGAGGCAGCAGCAACGGAUGGAAGCGAAACCCUGAGGUUC